AUUUUUUUUUCCUUCCUUUCUCUUCUCUUCUUUUCUUUAAACAUGAGUUCACAACACUUUAUACCACCCGUCAACUUUGGUAUGAUAGAAGAGGACUUGUAUAGGUCCGGUCAACCAAAUGAAUUGAAUUUCCCUUUUCUCGAAAAACUAGCAUUAAAGAAUAUAGCUUGGCUUGCUCCUGAAGAACCUAAUCAACGAUUUUUGGACUUUAUUGAUGAUCAAGAAAUAGAACUUCAUCACCUUGGUGUAGUGUCAUCUGUGAAUGCUUGGGAUCCUAUUACGGAAGAAGCAGUUUUAGAAGCAUUAGAACUAAUAUUGAAUCCAAGAAAUUAUCCCAUGAUGAUUAUGUGUAACCUAGGAAGACAUCGCACUGGUACGAUUGUUGGCUGUUUACGGAAAUUACAACGAUGGAAUUUAACGUCUAUAUUUGAAGAAUAUCGUCGAUAUGCUGGACCUAAAGUACGAUUACUUAAUGAACAAUUUAUAGAAUUAUUUGACACAGAUUUAGUCUCCAUACCUAGUAAUAAACCAAAUUGGCUUUGAUCUUUUAUUUUCAUUGUUUUAUGCGUGAUGAAGAUGAUAUAUAUAAUGGAUGAUUGUUGAAACGAUAAGGAUUUAGAUGAUGCCUCUGUUGAUAACGAGCGGAGUAAUGGAUACUUUUGAAAUGCGAUUUUUUUCAGAUACAGUUUGUCCACUAAUACGUGACGCAGUUUCAAAAAUAAGAUGUCGCCAAAAUAGGAAAUAAGAUAUCGUAAG